UUGUCCUGUGUGGCGACUGUCGUUAUUGGCCUAACCUGCCGGGUCCCCACUCAGCACACUCGGUACUGAGAUCUCUCAACCAUCAGACUGGUGCGCUGUACGAAACACGUCAACGUCUCAUAUCAACAGAAAGAUGGGACUUGUGAGGAUAAAAGAAUGCAGUGCUCAGUCAUUACUUCGCCUCGUUGUCUUUGCCAAAGUCAAACUCGCACAGUUCUUGCCGCUGCAAGGCGGGCGGAUCUACCUAGGGUCAGAGGAUACCAUAUUGCUCCUCGCACCGUCAGACACACACUCUUUCGACAAAGACUUCUGUCCUGGGGACAGCUGGAUAUCGAUACCCCGACAAGAGAUCGGCUUGGCUAGUCCAAAGGAAAAAGGAGAGGGAAUACGUGAGACGGCAAUGCCCAGUACAAGGCAUGUGUGGGUAUGGCGAUGCCAUAACUGCUUUGCCGGACCGAUCGUGAGGGACGAAUCCGAGGAAUGCCAACGUUGUAACCAUAUAAGAUGUGAGAACUGCAUCACACACCGCCUCAAGCUGAAAAGGCCGCCUACGACCCCGUCUACUCGACAAUGACACCGACGGCGGCGAUCUCAGGAAUGGCACACAGGCAGGCGCUGGGCCAAAUAGAAGAAGCCGACGGCGAUGACCUUAGGGAUGGCAUACACUGACACAGGCAGGCGCUGGGUCAAGAAUAGGAUGGAGGUAGGGAGUAUCUGCCUGUUGGGAAGAGCAAGGUGAAGCACCUCCCUGCACUGUUGCAGGGCGGUUGCGGGUUGUGGGUUGUGGGUU